UCCCCAGCUCAACUCAGAAGAGGUCGGGGAGAACAGCAAGCUGACCCAAGCAAGAUUUGUGGUCCGUGAGUCCGGUUGUGUUUAUACUAUCAUGAAGCGGGCUUGUUUCCUCUGCCUUCUUGGAUGCUUGCUUGUCGUUGAAGAAGUUGUACCUGUUGCUGCCACCAAACAAUUUUGGGAUGUAAUGACUCGAGGAAGAGCUUCUUCCCAUACCACAUUCCAUAGGAAACUCAGUGGCUGGUCUUCUGAUCACAAUAAUUGGAAUGAAAAGCUUUACCCUUACUGGGAAGAUGGAGAUGCCAGAUGGGAGAACUGCUGGAAAGGGGGAAGGGUACUGGCAAGUUUGACCAGUGACAGCCCAGCUCUGGUGGGAUCCAAUGUGACUUUCAGUGUGAAUCUGAGGUUUCCCAGAUGCCAAAAAGAAGACAAUGACAGCAACAUAGUAUACGAUAGAAACUGCAAAAAUGGUUCUUUAGAUUAUUCAAAUCUUUCUGACCUAUAUGUAUACAACUGGACUCAAUGGAUUGAUGAUUGUGAUGGGCAAAACUGCACACACAACAACAGCCACAAUGUGUUCCCUGAUGGAAGACCUUUCCCACACCAACACGGCUGGAGGAGAAGAAACUUCGUGUACAUGUUUCAUACCCUUGGGCAGUACUAUCAAAAGACAGGAGGCUCUUCAACUAUUGUUUCCAUUAACACAACAAAUAUCACUCUUGGCAGUCACAUUAUGGAAGUGUCAAUUUACAGAAGAGGUUUUCGAUCAUAUGUACCAGUAACAACUGCAAGGGCUGUUUAUGAGGUAACAGAUACCAUCCCCCUAUAUGUGAACAUGACUCAGAAGAAUGAUCGCAAUGCUUCAGACCAUAUCUUCAUCAAGGACAUCCCUAUUACAUUUGAAGUCCUCAUUCACGACCCCAGCCACUACCUGAACCACUCAGUUGUUUCCUACCACUGGAAUUUUGGGGACGGCAGUGGCUCUUUUGUUUCCAGCGAUCCCGUUUCAAUGCACACGUAUACACUUGUGGGAAAUUUCAGCCUUAACUUGACUGUCGAAGCUAUUAUACCUGCCCCUUGUGGACCUGUGACACCUCCUCCUCCACCCCCUACCUUCCCAGUAACAACCACAGUGCCUCCUAAUGUGACAACUCCUCGCCUUGAGAGCUUAAUGGAGCUUCCAACAGGAGAGGGUCCUGCUGAAGGAUGCCAUAUUACCCGAUAUGGACAGUAUCAAUCAUAUCUCUCCAUUGCAGAGGGGAUCCUCGGGGUAAAUAUUAUCCAAAUGACGAAUAUCCAGGGGGCAGCUGCUCAAAUGGAGACCUCCGUGGUUGAUUUUGUGGUAACCUGUCAAGGGGGGAGUCUUCCUACAGAUGCCUGCACUAUAGUGGCUGAUCCCACAUGCCAGGUCUUACAGAAUGAGGCAUGUGAUCCUGUUGACAUCACUGACCAGUGUCUGCUGACCAUAAGAAGGGCCUUCAAUGAAUCUGGAACCUACUGUGUAAACAUCACCCUGGGAGAUGCAACAAGCCUGGCUCUUACAAGUACUCUGAUAUCCAUCAGUGGAGCUGCAGGAUCAUUUUCAAGAACAGCAGAAGGAGUUCUCAUUGCCUGUGGUUUCUUGGUAGUGUUUGCUGCUGCCUUGACUUUCUUCCUGUACAAGAGAUACAAAGAAUACAAGCCUAUUGACCGGAACACAGGACAAGCAGUCAGUAGUCAGGGCCUGAAUGUUUACUUCAACCAUUUUAAGGCUGUUCUCUUCCCGACAAACAAUGAGAAGGAUCCACUCUUGAAAAACAAGCUUGGGAUUAUCUAAUUCUCUAGCAUAAAUUCUGCUAUUUCCAUUCAUUCGGGGCUUUACAUUGAAUUGUAAUUCAAUGGA